ACCAAAAAAUUAUUAGUUUCUAAUUCAUUCAUAAUGAUACACUGAUCCAAAAGUAACCGUAAACCAAAAUUUAAAAACUUGGAUAAACACGGUUUCUAAGUUCAGACACCAAUUUCCUCAAUCGUGUGUCGCGUGCAUGCCAACUCCCUCACAAACCAUAACACCGUUACCACCCUUAACUCCCUCUUCGUUUCUCCUAAUAAAACAGUUACGCUUCUUUCUCUACUCACAAUUUUCUCACGUACUUUUCCACACACAUCGUCGUCGGAAAAUGUUUCGCAUAAACAACACCUUCGUCGGAAUCCUCCACACGCUGCCGUUGUUUCUGGGCCUUGCCGCCAUGGGUGUGUCCGCCUACAUCCGCGUCCACGGCGACUGCCAGAACGUACUCAAAUACCCGCUCUUAUUCAGCGGCCUCUUCGUCUCCGUCGUCUCCGCGCUCGGCCUCGUCGGCGCGUUGUGCCGCGUCAACGCCGCCCUCUACCUCUACCUCAUCGCCACCUUCUUCGUCAUCCUCGCCUUCGCCUCCUUCACUCUCGUCGCGCUCGUCGUCGUCACCAAAGGCAACGCGCCGCACCACGCCUCCCGCGUGGGCUUCACCGUACGGGACUUCUCUCCCUGGCUGCGCCAUUACGUCUCUGACGACCACAACUGGGACGACACCAAGAGGUGCUUCGCGCAGGCGCGUAUCUGCCACGGCCUCGCCGUGGACGCUCACAAUGUCUCCCUCGUAUUCAAACACUCAACUACCACGCAGUUUGGGUGCUGCAAGCCGCCGGAGCAAUGUAGAUUCAAACUGAACGGGACGUUGUGGGAGGCGCCGAAAGCGGGCGCGGCGGCGGAGGAGUCUGAUUGCAGGUCGUGGAGCAACAGGGAAGAGAAAAUGUGUUUCGAUUGCGAUUCAUGCAAAGGGGGAGUGCUGGCCGGCGUAAGGAAGCAGUGGAGAGAUAUGAGCAUAGUGAAUGCGUGCGUGGUUCUUCUUCUGACCAUCAUCUACGUCUUCGCCUGCUACGCCAUCAGAAACAACCGAUUGGAGUAUUCCAAAUACACCGCCCAGAGAAACAUGAAAAUGAGAAUAUUGAAUUCAAAUCACCGUUGAACCCUUUUACUUCUCUCUCUCUCUCUCCAUCUUAUCCUUCUUAUUACUUUCCUUAGGAACAAACAUCAUCUUUCUUCUUUUAAUUUUAUAAGUUAUGUUCUUAAUAAUCAUAAAUAAUUAUAAUAUCUAUCUUAGUCGUC